AGCGGAAGUGUCUCUGUAAGCGGAAGAGGUUUAGCCCAGAGCAACCGAAGAGCGACGCGGAGGACGGGGACCCAAUUUGUGUCUUUUUAACGAUUAAAGUCAGAGCAAACGCCGUUUAUAACUCUAAAAAUGGACAAGAGUGACCUGGUGCAGAAAGCCAAGCUUGCCGAGCAGGCCGAGCGCUAUGAUGACAUGGCAGCCGCUAUGAAGGCUGUUACCGAGGGCGGCGUGGAGCUCUCCAAUGAAGAGCGCAACCUGCUCUCUGUGGCUUUCAAGAACGUGGUGGGCGCCCGUCGCUCCUCCUGGCGUGUGAUCUCCAGCAUCGAGCAGAAGACCGAGGGGAACGAGAAGAAGCAACAGAUGGCACGCGAGUAUCGUGAAAAGAUCGAGACGGAGCUGCAGGACAUCUGCAAUGAUGUGCUGGGUCUUUUGGAGAAGUUCCUCAUUCCCAAUGCUUCUCAGGCAGAGAGCAAGGUGUUUUACCUGAAAAUGAAAGGCGAUUACUUCAGAUACUUAUCUGAGGUCGCGUCUGGAGAAUCCAAGACCACCACUGUUGAGAACUCUCAGAAGGCUUACCAAGAUGCUUUUGAGAUAAGUAAGAAAGAAAUGCAACCCACACACCCUAUACGGUUGGGUCUUGCCCUCAACUUUUCCGUUUUUUACUACGAGAUCCUCAACUCUCCUGAGAAUGCCUGUCACCUCGCUAAGACGGCUUUUGAUGAAGCCAUUGCUGAGCUUGACACUUUAAAUGAGGACUCCUACAAAGACAGCACCUUGAUCAUGCAGCUUCUAAGGGACAACCUCACUCUUUGGACGUCAGAAAACCAGGGUGACGAAGCAGGCGACAAUGAGAACUAGGGGAGCAGCACUGAUUUCCAAACACCUACACACAUCCACCUUAAAUACACAAAUGGCUUCCACCAACCCUCCCACCUCAUUCCACCCUACAGCACCCACCCCCCUCCAUCCAGUUCCCGUCUCGCUCCCCUGUACCUUCUGAGUGAUGAUCACCACCCACAGGAAGACGCUCGGCGAAGCCCCCAUGGCUGGGAGGGGGGUGGGGGUGGCUCACAGGGUGACAUGCUGACAUUAUAGCAGGUCCAGUCAUUUUGUUUGUGAAUUUAACAUGUACUGAUUAUCAAACCCUGUCCUUUAUGCGUGUCUGAGUGACUGUAAGAUUGUGUGUGCUGCUAACAGAGAGUAACUGUGUGUGUGUUUGAAUGUGUGUGUGUGUUUGAAUGUGAGAGUGAGUGUAUUUGGGAUCGGGGGUUGUGAACUCUAAUCGUCCUUCCUGAUAACGCCCUUUGUUCCACUUUAGCUGUUUGUGUGUUUUUCAUCCUCCUGUUUUUUUUUUUUGUUACAAUCAUUUUUUUUUUUUUUAGUAUAAUUCAUCGGUAUUUACAGGUUUUAUUGUAUGGUUAUUAAACUGGCAGUUUGUUUUCACCAAAUACAGAGUAAGUCUAA